AUGGACCUGCCAUCUUCUAUAGAGGAGUGCACUCUGGCUCUCAACCUGCUGCUGAAUAACAAGUUCACUGAAGCUCUGGACGUUCUCCGACCCUGGUUCAGGAAGAGAAGUUCGAUGGAAUUUGGGCUGGCCCAACUAAGAGAAGGAGCAAGUUACAGUCUAAGGUCCAUCUUGUGUGUGUUAACACUGCUGCUGUACCACACCUACGUCUGCCUCAUCCUCGGAACAGGAGAAGGGAAUUUGGUGGAAGCCGAGGCUCUGUUAGAGCCAUAUUUGGACAAAUUUCCUAAAGGUUCCAUCAUACUUUUCUACACGGCACGGAUUGCUGUACUACGUGGGCAUUUUCAAAAGGCACAGCAGAAGUUUGAGGAGAGUAUUAGUUCCCAGCAGCAGUGGCGUCAGAUUCAUCACCUGUGUUACUGGGAGCUGAUGUGGUGUUACUCGUUCCAGCAGAAGUGGAGUGAAGCGCUUCGUUACGCCGACCUUCUGUACCGAGAGAGCCGCUGGUCUAAAGCGAUCUAUGUGUAUCAGAAAGCUGCUAUUCUCAGUAUGAUGAGUGAUGACGAGGUAAAGAACACUGGAGAGAACAUUGCAGACUUAUUCAGGCAGGUGGAGGGGCUGAAGCAGCGUUUAGCUGGUAAGUCCAUUCCCACUGAGAAGUUUGCGGUGAGGAAAGCUCGCCGAUACACAGGAGACAAACCUGUCAAACUGGUCAUUCCUGCACUGGAAAUGAUGUACGUGUGGAAUGGGUUCACUAUUGUUGGGAAGCAGCCAGACGCCACUGAAGCGUUACUGAUCACUAUAGAGAGAGCAGAGGAACAUCUGAGGAAUGAUCCCAAGCCCACAGAGUAUCACACAGAUGAUGAGUGUUUGGUGCAGAUGUUGAAAGGUUUGUGUCUCAAACAUCUGGGCAGGUUACUGCAGGCGGAGCUCUGCUUCUCACACGUCAUUGCAAGUGAGAAGAGGAUCCGUUAUGAUCAUUAUUUGAUCCCUUUCACUCUGUAUGAACUCGGCUUACUGUACAAACUGCAGGGAGACUUCGCGAAGGCAGCCAGAUUAAUCGAGGAUGCUAAGGUGAAUUAUAAGGAUUACUCCUUGGAGUCUCGGCUGCAUUUCCGCAUCCACGCUGCAUUGAACAGUCUGAAAGGUACUCCGGUCAACUCACCGUAGCAGCGAGCAAGUCCCAUCCUGACCUUUAACCUUUUACGUGCUGACCGGCGGCAGCGUCUUAUGACAUCAUCACAGUACUGUAACAUGUGACGAGUGAAACGGUCAUCUAAACUAAAGCAAACAAACCAAA